AUGACAAUGACAAUAACGACAGAGCCACUAACGAGAGUGCAACAGCUGAUGCUUCAGCGCCUAAUGGCAGCCCAUUGUUUGGACGACAAAGCCACCAAAGCACUACUAACAGAAAUCCAUGGACUCAUGUCACAGACGGGCACCCAAGACUCUCCGCAAAGCCUAGAAGAAUGCUUCGCGGAUAUUAACCAGCAACUAACGAAAGGCUUUGGCUUAGAGAUUGCUACGGUCGUUUUGGAUCGGCAAAAGUAUCAUUCCAUCAUCAAUUCUCAUGCUGAUGAAGUCUCCAAGUUGUCUUUUGAUAAACACUUUGAUGCACACGAUCGCCAAUUCAUUCUGUUGAUCAUGAAACACUUGGUUGAAAACCACCCAUCAGUCACCGGAGAUAAAUCCAGCAAUGGUGCUCCAAGAAAGGAUCUCUACAAUUUGAGAGGUGACUUGCAAGGACCCUACAAGCUUACCUUGAACGCGGCAGAACAUGUUGUGGAAUCCUUGGUUCAGCAGCAGUGGUUGCGCAUCACUAAGAAUGAUGACGAUGAUCGACGUUCAUCGAUGCAAGCCAACUUGGAAUUGGCUCCACGCUCCUAUUUGGAGCUGAGUCAUUUGCUGGUGGAUAUUGGAGUUUCUCAAGACGAUCUACCGCAAUUUUUGUUUCACCGUCUCUAA